GAACCAAACAUCAGAUUUUACCACCUUUUUUAUCCCUAAGCUGUGAGGGGCAGGGGUAGAGAAAUCCCCCACCAAUUGUAGCAUUUUCUCCGACCAAAAGUGAUAUAAAGUAGGCAAAAAAAAAAAAGCUUUUGCUUCCCUCCAUCUCCCUAAAAGUAACAUAAAGUAGGCAAAAACUAAGCUUUUGCCUCCCUCCAUCUUCCCUCCCACUCCAUUAAAAUCAGCAAUCCUAACACAACGAAGGAGGCAUCUCUCCCUCCCUUCAUCUCCCUCCCUUCCCCUCCAACUUCCCCAAUCCAAACUAAGGGUUAGUUACACCUUAUUGAGCUGAAAAAAUCCAGGGUUUUUGAUUUUUAUAAUGGGUUGUACAGCGUCGAAGCUGGCCAAUGUGGACCCGGUGAGGCGGUGCAAGGAGCGGCGUCGCCUGAUGGAGGAGGCGGUCUAUGCAUGUCACCACUUGGCGGCUGCCCACGCCAAUUAUUGCUGCUCCCUCCGGGUCACGGGCUCUGCCCUCUCCUCCUUCGCCGCUGGCGAACCCCUCUCCGUCUCUGACCAAACCCUGGCCGUCCUACUUCAUUCCCCCAACUCACAUCCAUCUCAUGUCCAUCCUGUAUCCCCGUCCCCUUCGCCGUCCCUCCACUCGUUGCCUCCUCCUCUCCAUUCGGCUCCCGCUUCGUCGCACAAGUCCUUGAAAGAGAUUGCGGAUGCGAUCAAAGAGAAUUUCGACAAGGCUGCUGCUGCCGGAGAUCAGGUCUCCAGGAUGCUGGAGAUCGGCCAAGCUCAGUUCGACCGGAGCUUCCGGCAAUUGAAAAAAACUGUCUAUCAUUCCAGCAGUGUCUUGAGUAACUUAAGCUCGAGGUGGACGUCGAAGCCGCAGUUGGCGUUGAAGUAUGGACUGGACACAGCGGCUGUGGAUGAAACACGCGGUUCGAAGAGCCUCUGCUCCACUCUGUACGAGCUCUUGGCUUGGGAGAACAAACGCUGCGGGGAAGUGAUGGCUACAGAGGUUGCAAAGAUUGAGCACGACAAGAAGCUGUUGGCAUUGCAGAGUCAAGAGUACAAGGGGGGAAAUGAAACCAAGCUAGAUAAGACGAAGGCCUCUAUAAAAAGACUGCAUUCACUGAUUAUUGUCAAUUCUCAGGCUGUCUUCACCACCUCAACUUCAAUCAUUGGUCUUAGAGACAGUGAUCUUGUUCCCCAGCUUGUGGAACUCUGUCAUGGCUUCAUGUACAUGUGGAGGUCAAUGCGUCAGUACCACGAAGUUCAGAACCACAUUGUGCAACAAGUGGCUGGCCCCGUAAACAUAUCUGUAAAUGGUGACUCUACUUCUGAACUGCGUAGGCGGGCAACCCAUGAUCUGGAGUCUGCUGUCUCUGCCUGGCACUCUAGUUUCUACCGCUUGAUAAAAUUUCAAAGGGACUUUAUUCGUUCCCUCCAUGGCUGGUUCGGGCUCACCCUUAUACCUGUAAGCAACGAUUAUGUUGAUGGCAACAGGCAACCCUCUACUGUAUCUGCCUUUAUUAAUCAAUGGAAGCUUGCUCUUGACCAAGUUCCAGAUACAGUUGCUUCAGAAGCCAUCAAGAGCUUUAUCAAGGCUGUCCAUGACAUAUCCGCCAAGCAAACCGAAGAGGACAGGAUUAAAAAGCGAACUGAAACACUAUCGAAGGAGUUUAAGAAGAAAGCUUCAGCCCUUCGAAACCUAGGAAGGAAAUUCUACCACCCAUACCCUAUGGUAGGUAACAGCGUUCCUGCCACCGGGCCUGAUAAUGGACAGGUUUUAGGUGCUCAGGAUCCUCUUGCAGAUAAGAAAUCAGAGCUUGCAGCCUGCCGAAGGCGGAUGGAAGACGAAAAGCUGAGGCUUUCCAAGGCAGUUGAGGUAACAAGAGCAGUGACACUGAAUAAUCUCCGAACAGGCUUGUCAAGGGUUUUUGAAGAAUUAUUCCGUGUCUGUGUCUCAUUUAUUGUGGCACUUGACACGUUUUCCCCCGUUCCUAGGCUUAAAAAAUGAAAAAAGAAAAAGAAAUAAGAAAACAGAAAAAAGAAAUAAGAAAAAAGGAAAAAGGAAAAAAUUAUUUUGGAAUCGGUUUUGGACUUAUUUACUUUUUUUUUUUUUUUUUAUACGUUUUAUCUUUAGGGGUUAGGGUGUGUCUUACAAUAAUGAUUGUCUUGAAUAAACUUUUAGGUGUCAC